AUGUUCUCGACACCACAUACACCCGGAAAUGGGUCCUUCUCUCAGGCAUCAACUGCUGACAUCAAGCCGGACCUCUCUCUUCUUGAUACAAGCCAAGUGUCACAUAGUACAGCUCUGGUACAGGCUAAGCUCAAUCGCCGCCUUGGACCGGAGUAUCUGUCCCAGCGUCCCGCCCCGGGUGGCGGACCAAAAUUGACCUAUGUCGAAGGCUGGAAGAUCGUGUCUCUUGCCAACGAGGUGUUUGGAUACAAUGGAUGGAGCUCUUCUGUUACGAGAAUCGAAACGGACUUCAUUGAUGUGGAUCCCGAGACCAGGAGGAUCUGUGUAGGAGUGACGGCUAUUGUCAAGGUCACGUUGAAGGAUGGAAGCUCUCACGAAGAUGUUGGAUAUGGAACAGCAGAUAAUGUGAAAAGCAAGGGAGCGGCUCUGGACAAGGCGAAGAAGGAAGCUGUAACGGACGCUACCAAGCGCGCCUUAAAGAAUUUUGGGAGCCUUCUUGGCUUGUGUCUAUACGAGAAGGCAUAUACCCAGGAGGUCGUCAAAAUCAAAGUUCCGCCGGUAAGAAUUACAUUAUUUUGCGCGCACGUUUGCUUCCCGUGUGGCCCAUCCUCUCAUCCUCGCUGA